AUGUUGCGUCGACGCGGUCUACUUCCUACUCUGCUGUGCUUGACUGCCACCACUGACGCCUACUACACCAACAACUGGCGCAUGAAACCCGUGACGGUUAUCCAAGCCCGUAUCCAAGGGACUGAUACUGUCUUUCGACCGGAGGUGAAUCUGUGGCUCUCCAAGUACGGCGACACGGUGGAGGCUGCUUACAUGAACGGCCUCGACACCUCCAACACGGCGUCAGUCGAAGGUGCUCUGAUGUACAUGCAGGCUGAGGGCAUCAACGUGAAUGAGCAAUCGGUCAAGUGCGAGCGCAAGAACAACAUGCAAACCGUGGUGUUCUACGAGAUUACGAUCGUGCAGCCCACUCGUAGUCUUGAGCACUACAAGAACCUCAGGCCUACUGAGUACGGCGAGUUCGUGGCCAUGGAUGGCGCCAAGUGCACGGACGCAGGCGCCGACUUGCCAUCAAGCUGUAAAGCUUUUUAUGGCCUGGACGGGACACAGAACCUCGGUCCUAACGUCGGUUGCAGCCGGCGGGAAACGGAUCCACGGGCACCCUACUUUAACAACUACUGGUGCUCGUUCCCGGGCGCGUGCGCUCACAAGUAUCGGAAAGAGAAGACGCCCGAGUGCCGAGCCCAGUACCCCGGUGGUCUUUGUCCCAUGGGAGUCCAGCCAGAUGGAGAGAAGUGCACGUUUAGCUACAAGAUCCUGGGUUUCUUGAAACUCGACGACCUGGUUGGCAUCACCAAGAUGGGCUUCGCCGACUACAAGCAGUUCUGUGAGAGUGGUGGCGUGGAGUUCAAGGCCAGGAACAAUGGUCGGGGAUUCGAGGUCGAGCAGAGCAUUGACUUUUGGAGGAAUCCCGGUGACCCGAAUGCCAAUGCGGGCCGUUCCGCACAAAUGGUCGGCAUGUACAACUACCUGGCCAGCAACGGCGUUAGCCCUAACAUGAUCCCGCUACCUGAUGUUGCGACUCUGACCGCGAACAACCCAAAGUGCUACGAAAACAGUGAGUUGUGUAGACGUGCACAACAUGGAUGCCGCCGCUCGGGCUACUCCCAGAUCUGUACGGAGUGUUCAGCCGGGGAAUCUGGCUGCGAGCAGGUGCCCGCAUGA